AUGUCCAAGAAAGCUAGUGAUAUUCAACAUCCAAUUGGUUAUGCGGAUGGACAAAUUCAUUUAGGCAAAGAUCAUGUGAAAGAGGCAGAUGCAAGCAAUGGUAGUAAAGUAGAUCAUGGUGGAAGUAAAAUUCCGGGACAAGGUGGACCCGAAAUUUUGGGUGGAUCAAGUAGUCAGCGAAUAACAGGGCAAUCAAUCGAACAACAAUUAAAAGAAUAG